AUGAGCGAAGCAGACAAAUACAGACAGCAGGGCGAUCCCCAGCAACAGAACCAGCCGCAGUAUCAAGAUCAGGGUCAGAGCCAGAACCCCGGCGACUACCAUAAUCAGGCUCAGAAUAAUCAAGGAUACAACAACAAUAACAAUAGCGGCUACAAUCCAGCCUACAAUGGCAAUCAGCAGCAGCAGUAUCAGCAGCAACCUGCAAAUGGCUAUCAGGAUCAUCCAUACGGUCCUCCUCCGCCAUACAGCUUCAACCCUCCCCAAGUACAUGACGAGAAAUACUCCUUCAACGACGCAUUCAAGCUUGAGAAGCCCAAGUUCAACGACUGGUGGGCGGGUAUUCUUUUCCUCGCAGCUUUCGGAGGCUAUGUAGCCGUCUCAGGCCUCUCGAUCCACGGUUAUUCCAAAGGCUUCGCCGGACACGGCAUCUACGAUGAUUUAAACAGCUUUUCGCUCAACAGCAACACGAUUAUACUCUUCGCCUUCUGUCUAGUUAUCGCCUUCGUCUUCUCGUAUGUCUAUGUCUGGCUGGCACGCCUCUUCCCGAAGCAGUUCAUUUGGAUCACAGGCAUCCUCAAUCUCGCCUGGGCGCUCGGGACCGCAAUAUACUACUUGAUCAAGGGAUAUUGGUCUGCGGGAAUAGUAUUCGUCAUCUUCGCCGCCUUCCUCAUAUUUGCUUUUUUUACUUGGAUUGGCAGAAUCCCCUUCUCAGCACUGAUGCUCAAGACGAGUAUUGAUGUCAGCAAGAAAUAUGGCCAUGUUUACCUCGUAAGCCUCAUCGGGGGUUUUAUAGCAACGGCAUUGGCCGCCUGGUUCUCGGUUACGCUCGUUGCCAUUUACGUCUCCUAUGAGCCGUCGCCCGACAAUCCGCGAUGCUCUGUAUCAGGGAAUAAUUGCAGCCACAGCAAAGUCAUUGGUCUGGUCGCCUACGUGACGUUCGCAAUGUUCUGGAUAUCUGAGUGGCUAAAGAACACCAUUCACACCAUCAUCGCUGGUGUCUAUGGGUCUUGGUACUUCUCGCCACACAACUUCCCUAAAAGAGCUACUCGUGGCGCUGCCAAGAGAGCACUCACCUACAGCUUCGGCUCUAUCUGUUUUGGAAGUCUUAUAGUAGCCUUCAUUCAGUUUCUGAAGCAAGUGUGCAGUGUUGUUCGGUCGCAGGCAGCCAGCGAGGGCGGUGCUGCCGGUUGGAUUGCAUAUGCCAUCUUUUGCAUCCUUACUUGCGUAAUAAGUAUUAUCGAAUGGGCUGUGCAAUUCGUCAACCGGUAUGCGUUUUGCCACAUCGCCCUUUACGGCAAGGCAUACAUUGCCUCAGCCAGAGAUACCUGGAGGAUGAUUAAGGAUCGCGGCAUCGAUGCCCUUGUCAACGACUGCCUGGUUGGUCCUGUGCUCUCUUUCGGUGCUAUUUUCAUUGGCUACGCAUGCGCUCUCUUCGCCUACCUCUAUCUCCUCGAGACUGACCCCCCAUACAAUCGUGACGGAGGGUUCACUGCCGUUAUCAUGGCUUAUGCGUUUUUGAUUGGUUUUCAGAUCGGGCACGUGUUCACAACUCCUCUUGGUAGCGGCAUCGACACUAUCUUUGUUGCAGCUGGCUGGGAUCCUCAGGUCAUGAUCAGAGAUCAUCCAGAGCUAUAUCACGAAAUGGUUAGAGUUUAUCCCAGAGUUCAACAGGCUAUUCAUUGA